ACAGAGAGAAAAUCCGGUGUCCGAGAGCCGCACUUCACCAACUUGAAUCCGAGCGUGAGAAAGGAAAGAAUCAAAGCAUAGGAGUUCAUUCACUGCAUUUGUGCAUGCAUGGGAAUUAUUUGAUUCACUCACUCCAGGAAAAGCCCAUAUAAUCUGCAAGUUCAUAACUUCAAAGUCUGGAUUCUUAAAAAAAAAAAAAAAAACACUACAUUUCUACCUGUCAGGUUAAUGUUUUUAUUAUUUGAGGUACGAGGUGUCUCAGUGCAGUGAGCUUGAAGAACGGGUUUGACUUGACUUGUCCUCUGGCUGGACUCGGUACCCGUGUUGGACUGAGAAAUUGUGUGUGAUUCCGUUACUGAGUAUUAUCGGUGUGCGGGGCUUAUUUCCACACUAGAGGCGCCGCCUUUGCUCUGGACACACACACACACACACACGCACACACACCCGCGCGCGCCAUCAGGUGCCAGAGAGACACACACAUUUCCGAUUGAGUAGCUAUUUGAGUAAAGGCGGAUCAGCGAAGAUCACCCAGGACUUUACCCGGCACCGAGUUGGAUAUAUAAAGCAGAUUUGUCCCUGUGUGUCAACAUGAUGGAUGCAUGAGGGCGGGCGAGAUCAAUACACCAAAUUAAUCAAUACCCUCUAAGCGCACGUGAAGAUCAGCUCCGCUGGAUGUGUAUGACCGCAUCUCUAUCACCAGGUGGCUUUUCAAGUGCGUGUUUCCAAGCGCCUGUCUCCUGUUGGCGUAAAUGUGCGCAUAAGGUGUUUUAGGAGCCUCAAAACAAAAACGCAGAGCUACAAUGCGCGUGCGGAAUUAGUUUAAACUUUGGUUUGCGGCUGAAUCGUCUGGAUCUGGACUCUAAACUCGCGUCCCUGUACAGAAGAGACUACUCAGACCCCAGAUGGGAGCUGAUCUGGAUUGCAUUGUAAUUUCUUUCCCUUUGUAAAGAAGAAGGGAAACACAUUACAGCCGGAGGAGAUUACAAGUGUUUUCUUCUCAAAGAUCAUUUGUUGUGACUUUGUUGUGAUUUUUGGAUUUAAAACUCCUGCGCCUGCUCUGGCGCAAGUGUUUCACACCGGGAAUUUCGUGUGUUUUAUCAGAACUUGAGGACACAGGAGUGAUGUUUGUUUUAAAAGCAAUGGUGCUAUGUGCAUUGCUCGGCGGGGCUGGGGCUCAGUCGUGCCCGUCUCAGUGCUCCUGCAGCGGGACAGCGGUGGACUGCCAUGGGCAGAGUCUGCGGAGCGUGCCGCGGAACAUUCCCCGCAACGCUGAGCGACUUGACCUGAAUGCAAACAAUCUGACUAAAAUCACUAAGGCAGAUUUCGCGGGACUGCGGCACCUCAGAGUUCUGCAGCUGAUGGAGAACAAGAUCAGUUCUAUUGAGAGAGGGGCAUUUCAGGACCUGAAAGAGCUGGAAAGACUGCGUCUCAACAGGAAUAAUCUCCAGGUUCUUCCGGAGUUGCUGUUUCUGGGCACGACCAAACUCUUCAGACUUGACCUGAGUGAAAAUCAAAUCCAGGGGAUUCCCAGAAAAGCGUUCAGAGGAGCUACUGAGAUCAAAAACCUGCAGCUGGACUUUAAUCAGAUUUCCUGCAUUGAAGACGGAGCGUUCAGAGCUCUGCGGGACCUAGAAGUACUCACGCUGAACAACAACAAUAUCUCUCGUUUGUCAGUGGCCAGUUUUAACCACAUGCCCAAGCUUAGGACAUUUCGUCUGCACUCAAAUAGUCUGCUAUGUGAUUGCCAUGUGGCCUGGCUCUCUGAUUGGCUGAGACAGAGGCCCCGCCUUGGCCUCUACACACAGUGUAUGGCUCCGCCCUCUCUGAGGGGCCACAACAUUGCUGAGGUUCAGAAGAAAGAGUUUAUGUGUACAGACUUCAGCGAAGGGCCCCAGUCACACUCAUCCUGUAGUGUGCUGCAGUGUCCUGAGCUGUGCACCUGCAGUAAUAACAUCGUGGACUGCCGAGGGAAAGGACUGACUGAAAUACCCACCAACCUGCCAGAAACCAUCACUGAAAUCCGACUGGAGCAGAACUCCAUCAAGAUUAUUCCACCAGGAGCAUUCUCACCUUACAAACGGCUGCGGAGAAUAGAUUUGAGUAAUAAUCAAAUAACUGAAUUGGCUUCAGACUCCUUUCAAGGUCUCCGAUCUUUGAAUUCUCUGGUUUUAUAUGGGAAUAAAAUCACUGAACUUCCCAAAGGCCUUUUUGAUGGACUAUUCUCAUUGCAGCUACUGUUGCUAAAUGCGAACAAGAUCAAUUGUUUGCGCGUAGAUUCUUUCCAAGACCUGCAGAAUCUGAAUCUUCUGUCACUUUAUGACAACAAACUCCAAACCAUCGCAAAGGGAACCUUCUCUUCUCUCCGAGCCAUCCAAACACUUCAUUUGGCCCAGAACCCAUUUAUGUGUGACUGCCAUUUGAAGUGGUUAGCUGACUACCUGCAAGACAACCCGAUUGAGACCAGCGGAGCUCGAUGCACCAGUCCGCGUCGGCUUGCUAACAAACGCAUUGGUCAGAUCAAGAGCAAAAAGUUCCGCUGUUCAGCUAAAGAGCAAUAUUUUAUACCAGGUGUGGAAGACUACAGAUCAAAACUAGGUGGGGAUUGCUUCGCUGACCUGGCGUGCCCAGAGAAGUGUCGCUGUGAAGGAACCACAGUGGACUGCUCUGGACAAAAGCUCACAAAGAUUCCAGACCACAUACCUCAAUAUACAGCAGAACUCCGCUUGAACAAUAAUGAAUUUACAGUGCUGGAGGCUACAGGAAUCUUUAAGAAGCUUCCUCAGCUACGCAAAAUCAAUUUUAGUAAUAAUAAGAUCACAGAUAUUGAGGAAGGCACAUUUGAGGGGGCCACUGGAGUGAACGAACUCAUACUGACGAGCAAUCGCUUAGAGAGUGUCCACUACAGCAUGCUGAAGGGCCUCAGCGGCCUCCGCACACUGAUGUUGAGGAGUAACAAGAUAAGCUGUGUCAAUAACGGUAGUUUUACUGGUCUGAGCUCUGUGAGACUGCUCUCCCUCUAUGAUAACCUGAUCACCUCCAUGUCCCCUGGAGCCUUUGACACACUACAUUCCCUCUCAACACUGAACUUGCUGGCCAAUCCGUUUAUCUGUAACUGUCAUCUGGCCUGGCUAGGGGAAUGGCUCCGUAAGAAGCGGAUUGUCACGGGUAACCCCCGCUGUCAGAGCCCAUACUUCCUUAAGGAGAUCCCUAUUCAAGAUGUGGCCAUUCAAGACUUUGCCUGUGAAGACGGUAAUGAUGAGAAUAGCUGUUCACCCCUGGCUCGCUGUCCUGCUGAGUGUUCGUGUUUGGAUACGGUGGUUCGCUGCAGUAAUAAGGGACUUAAGGUUUUACCCAAAGGCAUUCCUAAAGACGUUACAGAACUCUAUCUCGAUGGCAACCAGUUCACGCAAGUCCCUCUGGAACUAUCCAAUUAUAAACACCUCACUCUCAUCGAUUUGAGUAAUAACCAGAUCAGCACAUUGUCCAACCACAGCUUCAGUAACAUGUCCGAGCUGCUCACCCUAAUUUUAAGCUACAACAGACUGAGGUGUAUUCCUGUAAAAGCUUUCGAUGGCCUCAAGUCUCUGCGCCUGUUGUCUCUCCAUGGUAAUGAUAUUGCUGUGAUCCCAGAUGGGGCUUUCAAAGAUCUGUCCUCGCUCUCCCACCUGGCUUUGGGAGCAAACCCUCUGUACUGUGAUUGUCACAUGCAGUGGCUCUCUGACUGGGUAAAGAGCGGCUACAAGGAGCCUGGGAUUGCGCGGUGUACCGGUCCUGGAGAGAUGACCGACAAACUACUGCUGACUACACCCUCCAAGAAAUUCACAUGCACAGGUCCGGUGGAUGUGAGCAUUUUGGCAAAAUGUAACCCUUGUUUAUCCAACCCUUGCAAAAAUGACGGAACCUGCAGUAACCAUCCUGUCGAUUUUUACAGAUGCACCUGUCCAUAUGGUUUCAAGGGCCAAGACUGUGAGGAACCAAUUCAUGCAUGCAUCAGUAACCCCUGUCAGAAUGGAGGCACCUGUCAUCUGAAGGACGGAGAGGAGAACACUCACUGGUGUGUGUGUCCAGAUGGAUUUGAGGGCGACGAAUGUGAGAUAAAUAUUGAUGACUGUGAAGACAAUGACUGUGAGAAUAACUCAACAUGUGUGGAUGGCAUCAACAACUACACUUGUCUCUGCUCACCUGAAUACACAGGGGAGCUGUGUGAAGAUAAGCUGGAUUUCUGCGCUUCAGAGCUCAACCUGUGUCAGCACGACUCGAAAUGUAUUCUAACCACUAAAGGAUUCAUGUGUGAGUGUACUCCAGGUUAUACCGGGGAACACUGUGAGGUGGAUUUUGAUGAUUGUGAAGAUAACAAGUGUAAAAAUGGGGCUCAGUGUACGGAUGCUGUGAAUGGCUACACGUGUGUGUGUCCAGAAGGGUACAGUGGGUUGUUCUGUGAGUUCUCCCCUCCAAUGGUCCUGCCGAGAACAAGUCCGUGUGACCACUAUGACUGUGCCAACGGUGCACAAUGUGUUGUCAAGGAAAUGGAUCCUGUGUGUCAGUGUCUCCAUGGUUAUGAAGGCAUACACUGUGAGAAGCUGGUCAGCGUCAACUUCAUCAACAGAGAAUCGUUCUUGCAGAUCCCCUCCAACCUCAUUACAGAGCAGGCCAAUAUAUCACUACAGAUUGCUACAGAUGAGGAUAAUGGAGUGCUGCUGUAUAAAGGCGAUAAUGAACACAUUGCGGUGGAGCUCUUCAGAGGUCGACUGAGAGUCAGUUAUGACUCUGGAUUCUACCCCCCUUCUGCCAUCUACAGUGUUGAGACUAUAAAUGAUGGCAGUUUUCAUGUAGUGGAGCUGGUGACAAAGGAUCAGUCUCUGUCUCUCUCCAUUGAUGGAGGAAGCCCCAAAUCCAUCAACACUGCCAGCAGCCCCAGCCCAGUCCCCAGCCCUGCUCCACUUUAUCUCGGUGGAAUUCCUCAGCAGUCUGGAAUGGCCUCGUUGCGUUCCUCCGGGAGGAACGGCUCGAGUUUCCACGGCUGUAUCCGAAACCUGUACAUUAACGACCAGCUCCAGGACCUCACGCAGUUCCUGCUGCAGGAGGGGGUGGUGCCCGGCUGCCAGCCCUGCCAGCGGAGUGUGUGCGCUCAUGGACAGUGCCAUGCUACUGGACAGUCCUCCUUCAGCUGCGAGUGUGAGGCAGGAUGGACCGGCCCGCUUUGUGACCAGCAGAUCAACAACCCAUGUGACGGGAACAAGUGUAUCCACGGCUCCUGUCUGCCCAUAAACUCAUACUCGUACAGCUGUCGCUGUCAUCCAGGCUUUGCAGGUGUAUUAUGUGAUGAAGAGGAGCAGUUGAGUCCCUGUCAGUAUAUAGCGUGUAAACACGGGCGCUGUCGUGUGUCUGGGCUGGGGAAGGCCUACUGUGAGUGCAACAGCGGCUACACAGGGCCAAGCUGCGAUCGAGAGAUGGCGUGUCGGGGGGAACGGGUCCGAGAUCACUAUCAGACACAGCAGGGCUACGCAGCGUGCCAGAGCACAGAGAAGGUCUCCCGUCUAGAGUGUCGGGGCAGCUGCGGGGACGGGACCUCCUGCUGCGCCCCCCUCCGCAGCAAACGCAGGAAAUACACCUUCCAAUGCACAGACGGAUCCUCUUUUGUACAGGAGGUGGAAAAGAUCGUCAAGUGUGGCUGCACAAAAUGUCCAUCCUAAAAACGCAAAAGAAGAAAUACUUGCUCACAUCCCCCUCUUUUGAAGUCCCCUGUUUUGUUUGACCUUUUUUCGUCAGUGUUGGACUAAUGUUUUUUUCCUUCCAAGGAGAUAAUGGAUUACUGUAAGAUAAAGAACAAACCUAUUUUUUAUUAUGAAGCGGAGAAAAAAAAAGACAAAAAAUAGAUUUUAGAAUUUUUUUUUUUUUUCAUCAUAUUGGGUACUGUGACAUUUUUGAUUACUUUUUUCCUUGGCAAAAUCACCUCCGACCAGAAUGGAAAGCAAACACACCCUGUUGACACAGUUCACUUUUUCGUGUCUUACUUUGUGCCAUUCUUUUUUGUGGUUUUCUGGACUGUUAUAACUCAUUUCACCUGGACUUUGGAUGAAGGUGAGAUCUAGUAUCACUAUGGAGACUACGAGCGGAUUCGCUGAUAGUGGAGGUCUCCCCUCCUACUUCCUUACAGUCUACACACACACACACACACACACACACUAUCAUAGCUGCUCCUAUUCAUUCACACACACAAACACAACUUAGUCAUUAAGUGUACACACAUGAUCUCUUCCAGCAUGUACACACACAAACACACACACUCUUCCGAUUCACAUUAUAAACCUUGUGUAUUUAUUGUAUCAAAAAUACUGUCACAUUACUUAUACUCGGUAUAGCCCUUCAUUUCCCUGGAGUUGCAGUUGGAAUUUCUUAAUAUAUAUUAAUUUAUAUCCGUCCUUUUACCAAUUUAAAUCACUCAUAGCUUACUGAGUAGAAUAACUAACGUCGUGUCUCCUUCAUUUGGUUAGUUUGACCAAUGGGACUGUUGUAUUUACCAUUAAAAAAAUUAAUAAAUAGAAAAACAAGAAAAAAAAACAACAACUUAGUGGUGUUCUAAAUCUUCAAAUGUGAAGUGAAAACAUUGUAUAUUUUUGUCGAAUCUCCUAAAAAUUUGUAUGGUGACACAGAUGUGCUUUAUAUUAGAGUUUAAAUGUAUAGUUACAAUUUCCCCAUGUAUUCUGUAUAGAGCACAUGCCAUAGUUAAAAAAAAAUAAUAAUAAUAACGAAAUAACAGUAGCGUCCAUAGCUGUCAAUAAACCUCUUUUUAAAAUAUCCUCCUUGCAAAUCCUUUUUGAUGAUACAGAUAGAAAGAAAAACUGUGACUUUUUUUCUAAAUGAUACUACUUUGUUACCACUCUGUUUCCCCCCUGUUAACAUGUUGCUGCUAAAUUGGUAUUGUAGACUUUGGAUGAUGAUGCUGAUGUUUAUUGUAGAGGACGUUGCUCAUUCAUUGAGCAAAUUGUUUUACUGAUCAAUGAAUAAAGAUGUCCCCUCCCUCUA